UGUUCACCUGCGGGAAAGUCAAUACCGAAAACCGUUGAUUUCCCUCGGUACAUACGUUAUCCGCCCACGGAUACAACAUACUUAUAUCCCGGCAAUAUACAGUACAGAAUAACCAUAUAGUAUCAGCGUAUUAGUUAGUACACAGUGCGUAAGUACAUCUCUCUCUCCCUCGGUCGACCGUCGAAGCGGCAUAUCGCACACACACACACACAGCGGCGCGAUCGCGCGGAGAGCGGACCUAUAAAAAAGCGUAAAAAAGCCGAAGAUGAGCGAACCGAGCCGAGCUGAGAGCGCUCGUGUCUGUCGGACUAAGAUGGCGGCCGUGCAAAGUUUUGGUCGUCCGUGCUGAUCGCUCGCAGCGGGAGAAAGAGAGAAAGGCGAAAGCUCCGGCCCCCCCAGGAGACCGACUCACGUCGAGGGACUUCAGCAUCGGCUCGGGAUAAACGAUCCUCUGCUACUUAUACUCUUCUCCAUCAUCGUGCUCGUGCGCGCCCCUGCAUCCAGUCGGUGUAUAACGGAGUAUAACACACAGUAAACGUCUCUGAGUUCCGAGCAGGCAACACACAGACACACCGACAUCGGUAGUUCGCGAAUCGCGUGUAUAUAUAGGUAUACACAGGGAGAAGCCGCUCUCUCUCUCUCUCUCUCUUGGCUAGGGUCGACGAGUGGCUGCUGCAGGAGUCGCCGUAAAACACCGUGUGUUUCGUUCUCUCAGCUGGACGUAGUUAUAUUAUCGCGGUGCAGUGCGUGUGAGAGAUGAAGAGAGUGUAAGUAUACGAGAGCAACGAAGACAGAGAGAGAGAGAAAACAUUCGAGCUACCGUAUAUAUUAUACAUCAUAUACAAUCGGAGCAGAGAGAGAGAGAGAGAGAGAGAGAGAGAGAGAGAAGAGGAACUGAGGAAAGAAAAGAAGAACGUGUGUGCUCUGCUCCGCUGCUGCCGCUGUAGUUACUGUUGCUGCUGCUGCUGCUGCUGCUGAGUUGACGAGGUUCAAAAAAACGGGCGGCCCGAUGCGGCUCGCAGGCUGCCCCCGGAGAAGAGCAAAUGAUGACUUCGAUGCUGUCCAGCUUUAAUCCGCCAAUUGUCAAGCGGCUGCUGGGCUGGAAGAAGGCCGAGGGCGAGGACAAAUGGAGCGAGAAGGCCGUCAAGAGCCUCGUUAAAAAGCUCAAAAAGUCCGCUGGCCUGGACGAGCUCGAGAAAGCCAUCACCACUCAGAGUUGCAACACCAAGUGCAUCACCAUACCAAGACCGACUGCAUCUCGCUGCUGAGAUCGGCGGGAUACUCGCGGCGCGUCGUCUGCUGCGACCUGUGAGCUGCGAUACCUCCUCGCACCGCACAGACGGAGAAGAGAACAGUUCAUAAGAGAGAGAUACAGAGAGAGAGAGAGAGAGAGAAUACAUGACCGAGCUACGACAGACGAGCGGAUGCUACUGGCCUCUGCUGCAUGCCUGUCUGCAGGACACGCGAGCACGUGCCUAGUCCAGGAGGCGUCGGCGACAACGGUGUGCAACGCGGCAAAGGACUACCCCACGUGAUCUAUUGCCGGCUCUGGCGCUGGCCCGACCUCCAGUCUCAUCACGAGCUCAGGGCCAUCGAGCACUGCGAGUACGCCUUCACGCAGAAGAGGGACGAGGUCUGCGUUAACCCUUACCACUAUCAGCGGAUACAGAGUCCGGAAUUACCGCCGAUUUAUGUGACGCCGCGGCACAGUCUCUCAGGCGACGAGACGACUCUGUACAACACUUCGGUGGAGGAGCUGAGCGCGAGCGUUCCCGAGAACGCGAGCUUUCACGCGACGCUCAAUCACCAGCAACAGCAGCAGCAAUUGCAGCCGCAUCAGCAGCCGCAACAGCAGCAGCAACACAACCAACACGGGAUUCCACAGUCCCCGCAACAGCAGCAACCAAAUAACCUAUACCAAGGAAUGCAAAGUAUGCAGGCUACGAGUCCAGCGAGUGUCGGCAGCCUUGGCAGUGUCCAGGGCUCGCCCCAUCCAGCGCCGGGUUCGAUGGAUCCCCCAGCGGACACGCCGCCGCCUGGCUAUAUUAGCGAGGACGGCGACAAUAUGGAUCACAAUGACAAUAUGUCGCUAUCGCGACUGUCGCCCAGUCCUGACGCUCAGCCGGUGAUGUACUGCGAGCCCGCUUUUUGGUGUUCGAUAAGUUACUACGAGUUAAACACGAGGGUGGGCGAGACGUUUCACGCCUCUCAGCCUAGCAUCACCGUGGAUGGAUUUACAGACCCCAGUAAUUCGGAACGGUUUUGCUUGGGACUAUUGUCGAACGUUAACCGCAACACCGUAGUCGAGCAAACAAGACGACACAUUGGGAAAGGCGUUAGGUUAUACUACAUCGGGGGUGAGGUAUUUGCAGAAUGCCUCUCGGAUUCAAGCAUAUUCGUUCAGAGCCCGAACUGCAACCAACGUUAUGGCUGGCAUCCAGCUACAGUGUGCAAAAUACCGCCAGGUUGUAAUCUAAAGAUUUUCAACAACCAGGAGUUUGCAGCACUACUGUCCCAAUCAGUUUCACAAGGUUUCGAAGCUGUUUACCAGCUAACGCGGAUGUGCACUAUACGUAUGAGCUUCGUGAAAGGUUGGGGCGCGGAAUACCGACGCCAGACGGUUACCUCGACCCCGUGUUGGAUCGAGUUGCAUCUGAAUGGGCCGCUUCAGUGGCUCGAUAGAGUGCUCACGCAAAUGGGCUCGCCACGACUGCCCUGUUCCUCGAUGUCUUAAGUCAACUUAUUCUUCAGAGUGUCAUUCCCAUUCUCUAAUUGCUUGAGCCGACUCGCUUAGCCGGUUUACGCAAAGGGCGGCGAAGACGAGCGUAUUUGAACGUGACAAACCACACCUCUCUCUCGUCUACCGAUGCUACUCGACUACCAAGCGGCCGAAAUCGAGAAUGGGAAAAAGGACGAAACUGACCCGCGAGAACGAUUUCCGACUCCUCUACUUUUUUCAACUUUAUUUUUUUUACAUUUUAUUACAACACUAGUGAGCAUAGCCGGAGAGACACACGCCAGUCGACCCACGCAAGCUAAGCCAGGCAGGAGUUACAACUCACACACGGACAUUGAUACAAACGAAUUGGCUCUUCGCAGUGUUACAAGGUACUGGGAACAUUUGUUUAUCACCGCUUCCUUACUUACAACUGCAUUUAACGAUAAUGUCGUCUCGUCAAGAUUUAUACAAGUGUGACUCGGUUUAUGAACGUUCCCGUCGUAUGCCGCUUCUUCGUAAUCUGCAAAUGACUAAGACUAGCGCGAUUAGACUUCAUUUUUCCUAUAAAUUUUUAAUAUUCGAACUGAUUUAACACGUUAAUCAGAUAUUUUUACAAAACAGAUGAAAUGUAAACAAGCAUUGGGCAUGUGCAUAGGUAUCGUACAUACAUCAUCGGAACAUUACGAGUUCCAUUGGUAUCUAUGUAUGUGUGGAUGUAUUUGUAUAUGUAAAUGUAACGUUAUACUUUGAUGAGAAAUGAAAACAAUUAAUACACGUUUACGUAAUCGCGGAAUGUUUAGUAUUAAAUUUAUUAAACUUCACUGCGUACCUAAUACUUUCACUCGAGAGACAAAGUAACUUUGAAACUGUAAUAAUUGACAACCAAAUAAUUUUCAUUGCUAAGUGUUCAUAGUACAAAUUUUUAUAUAACGUAAGAGACCUCGAUGAAAUUAGAACCAAAAGAAUCGAUUUUUUUUUAAUAUUUAUCUUGUAACGAUACUUGUUAGAUCUAUUCCUUCUCAAUUUUUAAGGCUACUUUGUUUCUUGAUGUAGUACAGCAUAUUGAACUUUCAUAUUACUGUGCAGCAAAGUAUGACAAAGAUUUAAGCUUAGGGCACAGGAUCGUCCUCAAUUUUUUCGAGGCAAUGGAAAUAACGCUACGUAUAAUGGUGUCUUAUCUCAACUAAUUACUACUAUUCUUACUACAAGUAAGAACAAUAUUGUACUUUGUUCUAAAAAUGUGGGAUGCGUUGAGCACAUGCAAUUUUGCGAGGAACAGAAUAUCUUAUUUACAAGUAUCAACAUAAUAGAAAGAACAAAAGAAUUCUUAUAUUGACGAACAUAUAUAUUAUAUAAAGCAUCAAAGAGAUGCGUUAUAUAAAGUAAUGAUCUAGUGUGUCAGAGGCUAAGAUAAAAGUGGUUUAUGAUUACAAAAAAUAAUAUACGUUUAUUUGAACAGUCGAUUUUGCUCUUCGUGAGUCAGUGCACUUUUACUUGUGAUUUUAGAUCGUAGCACUUCAUUCCUCAAUUUUAUUUUGGACUAUUAUAUUAUUUGUAUGAUUUUAUUAAAAAGCUAGAAAAGAAUCAUACGCAUACAUACAUAACUAUAUACAGACAAAAGUUUCAUGAAAUGAUCUUUUUUUACUGUGUAUGCAGAAACGAGUGUUAAUCAGAAGAUGUGUAAAACAGUGUGUCUGAUUUUAAUUUAUUUAGAGCGCAACAAGAAAAAAUAUAUAUAACUACAACGUUUUACGAACACACUUUGAAUUUAAGAUUAUAUCUUGCAUAAAAAAUUUCGCGCACAAUAAAUUUUUAUGAAACAAAAAAAUGGCAACCGCCGGGUGUUAAGUGCGUUAAAUGUUCGCGCAUUAAAGUAAAAAGAAAAAAAAAUGUUGAUCCUGUCGAUAAAGUUGGUUUUGUGAGUGUCAAUAUAAAAGGAAUGGACCAAAUUUUCUUUGAAAAGUUUCUAAUAGCUUCCAAGAGGCGCAUUUCAUAACUCGGCUUACAGUGACGGAUUUUAUCAGAAAAAUAAAAUUAAUAAAAAAGACUGUAAAAGUGCGAGUAUAUUCUAAGAAAUAUGUAAUACGUACGUGGAAAAUAUGAUGAUCAGUCUGGAUAAAUAACAAUUGUAUUUUUACAAAAAAAAAAGAAAAAAGAAAAAAGCAACUAUGAACAUGUUUUAUGUUACAAUAACGCAGCGUGUGCUUAUUUUUUAUUAAAAUUUAGAGAUUUAGAAUUGAGAUUUUGUAAGUAGAUGGGAAAAGUUGACCGUUUCAAAUUCGAUUCGGAUAGAAAAGUAGUGAUGACCGAUUGACAAGAAUUGAUGCUGCGUGGUUGGUAAAAAAAGGAUAAAAAAAGCGGAAAAGAAAGUCGUUCUGUCUGUCAGGGCGUUAGAAUUAACUCUUAUUUACAAAGUGGGUUAUUAUAGAGCGUGUUAGAUAUUUCUAUUUUAUUACAAAUUUUAUAUUGCACGAUUUGGUGUUAUUUAAGGAAAGAGAAAUUUUAGAAGAUACGUAACAAAAAAAGCUUUUUCCCAUUUGAUCGGCACAAAGAUUAUAAAAAUUUGAGAUUUUGGUGCAGUGUCGAAUCAGUUUUUAGCAUCCGGUGCACAAUGCUGUGUUAAAGUUUCAGAUCGUCUUGGUACUUUAGGAAAGAUUGAAAAUUCUUUUCAAGGGAUUUUAACAAGUUGACGUAUUGUAAAAAGUAAUUGAACGAUCAAUAAUACACGCGAUCAUUAUUCAAUUUUCAAUGUUUAUCAAAUUGUAUAAAAGGAUGCGUUUCGAAUAAUUCCUUCGGUUUUCUGUGCUGUUUAUUAUAGGUGAAAAACGUGUAAAGUGCAGUUUUAAACGUUUUCGAUCUAAUUUGGGAAUUAGAAUUGAGUAUGCUUUUUUUAUGCUGAGCAAGCCCAACAAUACUUCGAUAUAUAAUGAUUUUUAGAUGAAAAUGGCAAAUCGGAAUUAAAUUGUAAAAAAAAUGGUACACACAUACAAAAAAAGAUCAAUUAUAAUAACUUAGUUAACGGUAAAAUAUUAACAACGUUUUUUAGAAUGUAAUGAAUUACGUAAAGAAAAAGUGUCGACAAUUGUAGCAUAGAAUUUUCGAUUGUAGUUAAUACACGAUUUUUUGAUCGAUUUUUUGUUAAUCUUGUUUUGCUUUGAUAUUUUUUACUAAGAACAUUGUGUGUGAAGCAAGCACUUAAAAUAUGUUUAGUUAUUACGCGCUCCACUACAUACGAUUACGAUAAAAGAAUAAUUUCGGGUGGAAAAUGUAGGUUUUCAUAUUUUGUAAAUGAUCAACAAAUUUUAUAUUCUUUUGCUUUAACUUGUCACAGAAAGGGUGAUUUUUAAUAGUUUGAUAACGGAAUGCCACUUUUUUAUUCAACUUAAUACUUCCAUUUUUUAAGCUAUCUUGAAUGUUUCCCUCUUCUAGUUUCCUAAGGGCAUCUUAGCUUUCGGUAGUGCGUUUGGAGUUCAGAAACGUCGUCUGUAAUGCACAAUUUUUCAAGAGAGUCAAUUUCGAAAGUUUUUACCAUUUUAUUUUUUUAAUAAGGAAUCUAUCAGGGGAAAACGUAGAUUAAAAUAAUCAUGAUCGUUUUCUUGAAUGUAAUACACAAGUUUGAAAAAGUAAAAGCAAAAAUUGUGUCGACAAUUCACGCAUCAUGCAAUUUGAUUGAAUCUAUUGGAAAUUGUUAUGUCUUAUAACAAGACCUAUUGUAAUUUCCCAUAUUAUUUAUUGCGCUGUGCUUUAUAAACGCAUGCGAGAUGUUCAAUGAAAAAUAAACUGAGUGAUGUUGGGAUGCGGUAGCGAAUAUUAUAAACGGAAUGCAAUGCAAGAUAUAGGAAGUGAGACUUUUCUAUAGGCACCCUGUGUAGCAAUAUUAUCGCAAAAUUAUGUAAAGUAUGUAAUCGCUAACAAUUGUAAUCUUUGGUCUGCAAAUCAUUUUUCAAUAUACAUCGUCUUGUUUGUUAAAGCAUAUAUACACACGUAUGUACACACGCGCAGAGUGCCUGUAAAAAUCGUUGUUUUUUUUUUUUUUUAAGUUACUGACGACCAUUGCGUCUUCAUUAGCGCUACUCAUACUAACAACCAACCUGUAAACCCCUGUACAUUGUAUACUUCGUGCUUACGCUAGUUUUGUUUCUGUCGCAUUUUAUCAAGAUUGUACAGCACUUCGGGCAAGGAAGACGAUAAAAGGUGAUAUUAUAAAAAUGAAAAAAAAACAUACACUUUGAGUACAUAUUUCAAGCUUUGUACCAAGCGAUACCAAUCCGUCGUUCUUUUCACGCACGACGGACGAUUCUUCUUCUUUUUCUUUUUUUUUUUUUUUAGAUUCUAGUAUAUUUCUUAGAUUAAGCUGCGGGCUGGGCUUGCACGAGAAUGAAAUGUGAGCAGGGUCUUCUUGACAUUCAAGAUUUUAUACGUUUUCGGAUACACUGUCAUAUUGUUAUAAACCAUUGUCGAAAGUGAAUCGCCGUUGUUUUGCAGACUCAUCGAAUUUUGUUUGAAACGGAAGAUAAAUGGGCGAGAUAAAACACAUGAAAAAUCAUUUUCUGACGCUAGCAUAUCUAACUUAGAACUCGUGGAAACCCAUCCCGAAGUCGUCGGGCAGCUCGAAUCAGCGCAAGUGUAAUCUCUCUCUCUGUUCUUCUUUGACUGUUCUCUUACACCGCUACUUUUCGAAUAAUUAAACGUGCUCGUUCCUUUUGUAAGAAAAUAAAGCGUCGAAUCAGAUCAAUGAAAUCGGCUUUUGAUCGUCACUGGUGUACGCUUAUCGACGAGUCUCGAUGAACAGAAAGUAAACCUAUCAAGGAAUUGACUCACAGCUCUGCCAAGCGAAUUGGCCGUAGCUCUUACCUCCGCGCAGACUGCCAUUAGUAUACUUGUGAGCUAUUCCACUGGCCAAGAGUCAAAACGGCUUACGGCCGGUCAUAGGCGAGAAGACUCAUUUCUUUUUUACUGUAAUAAAUGAAUGACAAGAAAAAAAAUACGCCACACUGUGAUAACAAAAUAUGAUAAUUGCGCACUGCUAUGAAGACGAUCGAGUUUUCUGAAUCGCGACGUUCUUUUUACACUCGUAACAACUAAUUCGAUCAACAAAACUGCACCGGCUAAAAUUAUAUAAUGAGAAUCGAGCUAAAUAGAUCUGCUGAAUUGUUUACACAGCCAGGAGACACUUUAACCAAAGUUCUGUAAUGAAACUUACCAAAGCUUCGUAUAAGUAACUGCUACGCGUGUCUUGUAAUUUCAUUUUCAAAGUAUCUCUUCUAUAUAUGAGAAUCCGACAGUUUUCUAUUUUGUUUGUUUAUUUCGGAUGAAUCGAGCAGCCCGCCGAUCGCGGUAUGAUUCUACAAUCCUUUUCUUUUGUGAAAGAGUAUAUAAGUUGUGCGAGAUCGAAAGUGUGACUUUUUGAAAAUGCGUGUGCGUGGAAGAAUUAGGCGAGAUAUGGAUUGUGAAAUCUUGCGUGUGAGACUGUAUCAUAGUUAUAAAUAAAUGUAUAUGCUAAGUCAACGAUA